ACUCAGCUAUCAUAAAAGAAACCUGUAAAUAAUUGAAGAAUGUAUCUUGAAUGCCAUUGAAACGCAUCUGGUUUUUACUUUGGACAGCACAAGUUGAAAAUGGCAUCCAAAAAUCAAAAAAUUACAGGACGUACUGAUAGUCUAGAAAUCUACUCCAACGGACUUGUUCUGGCAUUCCUCUCGGGCUUCGCAGUGUCCAUCUCAUCACUCAUGACAAAGCUAGCAAAAAACUCUACAUUUCUACAAAUAACUUUUCUGCGCACGAGUCUGAUUUGUUGCUCCACCCUAAUGAUGGGAAUACUGAGCGGUAAUUGGUCCAAGUUUCGUGACGCAAUACUUGAUUCACCAAUCAGAACAAUCGGAUGGCUCCUUGUGCGAUCUUUUUCAUCUUUCAUGGCGAUGACAACGGCCUAUUCAGUUUAUCAGCGGAUACCUAUGGGUGACGCCUCAGCUAUCUUCGGAGUUACUCCGGUAUUCACUGGUAUAAUGGGCGUGGUCUUGCUAGGAGAGGCGUGGCAACGGAAACACGUGUACCUCACCUUCCUCGCGUGGACUGGUGUGGCUCUCAUCUACAAGCCGACCUUCCUUUCCUUCAUCAUCCCAUCCCACUACAGGGAUAAUCCGAAAAUAGGAGUUCACUACGAUGAAAAGUUUUACCUGGGCGUGGCUAUUCUUGUACCAGUUGCUGCUUCGCUCUCGUUUGUCCUGUCGAGGAAACUCUCGAAGACGAUGCCCCCAACGUCGAUUGUCUGCAUCACGAGUUUUGGGAUUAUGGUAUACUCUUGCGUUGCCAUGGCAAUCAUGGAAACGGUGCGACCUCCUCCUUUAGCGGACUGGAAAUAUUUAAUUCCAGAAGUCAUUGCUGGGCUGACAUCACAAACAUUGUUUGGCAAGGCUCUACAACUUGAGCGAGCAGCUCCCGUUACACUUAUGAGAAACUCAUCCAUCUUCUUCUCUUUCGUCUUCCAAUUCAUCAUUUUCGGCACAUUACCGAGCUGGGUCAGUGUUCUGGGUGCUUCCUUGGUCAUCGUCUCAACGGCCCUACUCGGAACAUUAAGAUAGACUGAUUUAUGUAUUUUAAUUUUAAGAGGGUGACCAUUUCAUUUAAGAAAACUCCUUGAUGGAAGUGUCAAUCAAUCCAAGUAUGAAUGAAUGAAGUACAUUUAUUUCCAAUAAUAAAAACAACAAUACAUUUUAUAAACUUGAACAAAACAAUAGAGGUAGCAACUCAGAAAGCACAGCUUGUGAUGAAUGCA